UAUCCCCUGAAGGCUCAUGAACACUCCUCACAUUAUUAUGUGUAUGAAGUUUACGUGAUCUCAGGCUGUACAGACCAUUAUAAACAGAAGACGUGUGCGUGAAUGGAAGGUGUACCUAAGGUUACAGCUCGCGAUAUUUCGAUUCAGGGGACUGAUGACUUUUAACUUGUCAAAAGAAAAACUUCAGAUGUUGUUUAUAUAAGGACCGAAGACCUCAAACCAUAUCCGACGGCUCUAUUCUGCUUUAUUACAAAUUGCGAUGCCGUUUUCUAUAACUUGGUUUCGUAUUUCUAAGUAAACAAAACUAACUUUCCAACAGUGAAGGUGUGGAUCGUGGAGCUCAGCAUGGAUCAUCAGACGCGUUUGAACACAGACUUUUACGUUUAUAAAGUCGUGCAGGGUGUUGGGAUUAUGUGGCGGAGAUUUAGUAAACCUUACCGUACUGAAUGUAUUUGACUGCACUCGGAUGAAGUCAUGAGCCGUCGAGUGAUCAUCCUGUCUGGACUGAUUUGUCUCUGUAUGACACGGUGUUGUCCUUCCAGCCUGACACACUGCGACAAUGGCAAGACAAAUCUGGUCACAGACCUACCAGGACCUGACGAGCUUUUGUGUCAAGAGCUUUGGCCACAGUCACAGACGAAUAUGCCUGAUAUUGACACAAAACAUACUAUAAAGGCUGUUGGUCACAUCUGUAUGGAGACACCCAUAAUAUACAAUGACCGCAUACCCACCCAUGGUCCUUACCGGCCUGUUGAGGCAGAGAGUGGAGAGUAUCUUUACUGCCCUCCUCAGCGAUGGCUACACAACCUCAAAAAUGGAGCGCUGGUGUUUCUGUAUCACCCGUGUGUCUCAGCGGAAGCUCGCAGGAGUUUGACGGGGCUGGCUCGCUCGUGUCUGUCUCAUUACAUCCUCACACCUCACCCCUGGCUCAGCCAACACAGACCUUUAGCGGUGGUCUCGUGGGGUCGCUCACUAGAGAUGUCUCGCGUCACGCUGGGGGUUUGUGAUUGGUUGUUUGCCAUUUCCUCCAAUAUUAGUCUGACUAAUAAAAGCCAAAGAGCAAAGUACAAUCUAUAUUUGACAAAACCAGCACCUAUGGACAAACCGGAGAACACCAGUCAAGAGAUGUCCAAAGUGGAGAGACUAAAGUUCCUUAAAAACUGCUGCAUGGAGACUCUCAGUCUCAUCGAGGUACAGAGGACCAGAGGGAGAACCAGGAAGAGCAGGAUGGUCAUCAAACAAUCCCUGGAAGAAGUGGAACUGAAAGAUGACGUCAAACCAGAAUCUGCUAAACUGAACCUUACAGACACACUACUACAAAAUCAUACAAAAAAGAUGGCCUCCUUCUCAGUGCUAACUGUUACACAAUCUCUCAGUUCUGCAAAGGACAAUUCAAAGACAACCGAGAAGCAGUUGCCACAAAAUAAUGUGACUGAAAGACAUGAAUCCCAAACAGACAGAAAGAAACCUAUGACAGAAAGUAAGAAGCAUCGCAUUAAGACUGACACAAAAGCUCAGAGGUCAGGAUCUGAAUGCGGGGAGCUUGGACAGUGUGGAAUCUCAGACUCCCCAAAGUCUCCUCAUUUAGGAGGGCCGCUGAGGGGCGAGAGGAUACCCAUACAACGUACAGAUGAGGCCGUGUGGGCAGCAGGCGCUUUGGGAUUCCUCUUAGUGCUUCUCACCCUGUCUGUGCUCCAUACACGCCUCUAUCGUCACUGGAGAUCUUCAACCAGUCUCUACUGGCGUGACGACCAGCAAGACUAUGAGAGUGUGGGUGACAUCAUCCGGCGGAGGCUUAGGAUGGUUGGCCGGAGGAAGAGGAGGACUAGCCAGAACAGAAGACGGGAAUGUCCACUUUUGUCUAACUCCAGCGAUGAGGAGAACUCUGACUAAUGGACAGGACUGGUGAAGAUACAAGAAAUCAUACAAACUGUUGGAAUAGUUGGCACUCAUGAAGUAAAUACGGACCUUUUUAUGAAGCUAAGGAUAGCUUUUGCCCACAUUCAGACAAUACUUCAAAAAGACAGUUUGUCUCUGGUAUUUCAUAUAGUGACAGUUAAGUGAUAAAGGUUAAUCAUUUUAUUUCUGCAGUUUUCUAACAUUUAGUUUCAACAUUUACACAUCGUGUAUCUUGUGUGUUGCAUUGUCUAUUGUUGUUAUAGCAUACUGGUAAAUUAUAGCCGUGAUGAAAUGGAAGUAGUGACAAAUAAUAUUUUUCAUAUUGUGAUGUACAUCAAAGUGCAAUGCAUUAUCAAAAAAAAACUAGGGUAGGUACUUUAUUAUAUCCAUCAAUAGUUUAUUAGAUUUUGACAUAUGUGCAUUGCAUUCAAAAGUGAAGGCAGAAAGGCAUAUGUCACCAGAAGGACUAGUUUGGACUUUUCUUUUUUUCUUUUUUUUUUUUUUAAUGAAACAUGUUUAUGAAUUAAGUGCUGCACAAUAAGAUCACUAGCAUGCAUUUAGGAAAUCGAUGAUAGUGAAUUUCCAUUUCAUUCUGACUUGCAUGAAGGAAUGUGGAAUGUUUUGAUCACAUUACAGCAUUUGUUUCCUGCUUAGAUAUACAUUUGUCCCACUGUGCAUUUCUAAAAUGCAGUGAUCAUUUACUCACCCUCAUGUUGUUCCAAACCUGUAUGACAUUUUCUUCUGUGGAACACAAAAUACGAAAUUUUGAAGAAUGUCAGAACCCAUAUUUUAGUGACUAUUUAUUACAUUUCCGAAAAUAUCUUAUUUUAUUGUUUUAUGAAGGAAAAAAAGUCAAAUAGGGGGUGUUUUUUUGGUGAACUUAAUUUCCUUGCCGUUAAUAGUCUCUUAUGAUGAGCACGGAUGAAUAUGACGCAUACGGUAUUUUACUCUAUAGCCCCGUCUGUUGGUGAGAAUGACUGUGCUUUACGUGUCACGUGACUAGACACAAGGAGAUGGCAGUAGAGAGCUCUCCAGUACCACUGGCACUCUGUGAAUAGUUUAAAUUAUGUAACUCUGCUGGAAGUUGAGCAAAUGCUUUUUCAUGUGUAGCAUACUAAUUAUAUUGUUCAGAUCCGUACUAAAAUAGUGGAGAAGAAAAUAAAGACAUUAACUCAGAUCCUGUUUGGGCUAUAAACUACAUAUUUUGUAUUAAUAACCAUUGUUUGAGGUUAAAGGUGUAGGCCAAAAAUUAGUUAAAUGUAAUAAAUCUGCUAAUUUGG